AUGUUUGACAUCCAUGGUGGUGUUCAUAUCCUGCAAUUCUUGUCUUGGCAACUACAUGACACAGAUCUCGAACUACUCUGUGACGCUUGCCUCACCAGCCUUGGCUUCUGGUCCCCGGCAUGCUAUGAAGAGUUCAUAGCGAUGCUGCCAGUUUUGCCAAAUCAUGUGGAGGAUACCAUUUUCCGGUAUGAGUCGCUCUGUGUUCUUGCUGCUCUUCAAUGGGCAGUCUCUCUUCAUUGCCGCCCACAGCACCUGGCUAUCGACACCAACAACUUGAACACCGUUCAGAUUUUUGAUUCUUUCAAGGCUUCUGCAUCUUACAACAGCACUCUACAUGUGGCUUCUGUGAUCUUAAUUGAGUUAGGCAUUGAUCUGCAUGUUUGGCACAUUUUCGGGGCUGAGAACGUGGUUGCAGAUGCGUUAUCUCCUGGCAUGCUUCCUGUUGCCCAGUUCUAUGCUCUGGGUCUGCACAUCUCUCCAUUUUCACCCCUGCAGCUCACGUCGGGGUCACCCAAAAAAUGA